AUGUCCUUCAAUAUUCAUGAAAGAGCACCAACUGUCACACACCUCGCUGUUCAUUUAGAAAACGGACAGCGGGUGUAUUUCACUGAAAAUAAUGUAAAUGACAUUGUGAAUAAUCCAAGAGAUACUACUUUAACAGCGUUUUUCAAAUUAUGUGCAGAGGACGACUUCGCAAAAACUCUGACCUACGACAAGGUGCCUGCCUAUUAUACCUGGAAUCAAAAUACGAAAAAAUUCCAACGACGAAAGCAGGGGGCGGUAGUUCUCGGGUACCCUGGCGUGAGAAAAACAGAUGCUCUUGGAAGGGUGUACGUGGUACACCCUAAUAAUGCAGAAUGUUUUCAUUUGCGGUUGUUACUCCACGUUAUAAAAGGCCCUACUUCGUUUAGAAGUCUCCGCACUUUUGAAGGUGUAACUUACGACACAUUCCAAGGGGCUUGCAAAGCUAUGGGCCUCCUCGAAGAUGACAGUCACUGGGAGAGUACGCUCUCUGAAGCAGCCAUAUGCUGUUCACCAAAAUCACUUAGGUGCCUUUUUGCCAUUAUGAUAUCGUUCUGCCAAAUCACGGACCCGCAUCUUCUUUGGCAAAACUAUCAGGAAAGUAUGUCCGAAGAUAUACUGCAACGCAGACGACAAGAACUGUCAUCAGAUGAUUUAGAGUACGACCAAAAUAUUUUUGAUGAAGCUUUAAAUGAAUUAAAUAAAGAGGUCGAAUCUCUAUCAGGUAAAAGUAUAAAAUAUUUUGGUUUUAACUUGCCGUUAAAUUCAAAUCUUUAUGCAAUGAACAACAUCGAGGAUUUACGAGAGACUGACUAUGAUUACACCCAACUCUUACAGACAAUUCAAGAUGAACAUCGCUUAAAUCCAGAACAAAAAAUUGUUUACGACCAAAUAUUGUCAUCAGUUAAUAGUAAUGAAGGGAAAAUGUUCUUUCUAGAUGCACCCGGGGGCACGGGUAAAACAUUUAUAAUUAAUUUAUUAUUAGCAAAAGUAAGGUCUGACAGAAAAAUUGCUCUUGCCGUGGCGUCGUCCGGUAUUGCAGCCACACUUUUGAAAGGCGGGCGAACUGCACAUUCCACUUUCAAACUACCUUUAAAAAUUUGCAUUGACGACGUCUCUAGCGUUUGUAACAUCUCAAAACAGAGUAAAACAGGUAAUGGUGCAUUUCAAUCCGGAAAUGUUAAAAUCAAUCUUAGUAACCUAUGUGCUUUGGUUCAAAAUGUGGAAGAAUUGGUUGAGACCGUAUAUCCCGAUAUUACUAAUAUAACUACAAAGACUUUAUGUUGGUUUAAGGAAAGGGCUAUAUUGGCACCUACUAAUGAACAGGUUGAUAAAAUUAAUCAUUUAAUUAUUUCCAAGUUUGAAGCACCAUCACAGAUAUACUAUUCAGUUGAUACAGUUUUGGAUACCGCAGAGGCAGUACAUUAUCCAACUGAAUUUUUGAAUUCUUUAGUUCCUCCCGGAAUUCAUCCACACAAGUUAAUAUUAAAAGUGGGUUCACCAGUGAUAUUACUUAGAAAUUUAAAUCCCCCAAAAUUGUGUAAUGGCACGAGACUCAAAAUAGUUAAAUUAAAAAACUUUCUAAUCGAAUGCACUAUUUUAACUGGCUGUGGUACUGGUGAUACUGUUUUAAUUCCCAGAAUACCGAUGAUUCCCUCCGAAUUACCCUUCCAAUUCAAAAGACUGCAAUUUCCAAUCAAAUUAGCCUUUGGUAUUACUAUUAAUAAGGCACAAGGUCAAACUUUAAAAGUGGCAGGAAUAGAUUUAACUGAUCAAUGUUUUUCUCACGGCCAGUUAUAUGUUGCCCUUUCAAGGGUGACAUGUAAAAAUAAUCUGUUUGUGUUUACUAACAAUCCGUCAGAAGUAAUGAACGUUGUGUAUAAGGAAAUAUUUCAAUAG